AGGGGAUGUGAUGUGAAGAGAAAAGUCGGAGAAAAAUGGCCGACAGUAGCGUGCAUCUUGCCUAGUACGGGUAGAAUUUUGUGCGACUUUUUCGGUGCGACCGAAAUUAUUAUCCUCCGACCAGUUCUGACAGGAAGCGCGUGCGCGCGCGAGAUGGACAGCGCGAAAGCGAGUUCGGCGAGUGCGUCGCGUAUUUGAAGCUUGUGAAAGGUGAUUCUUUUUACUGGAUAAACUGGAAUCCUUUGAGCAUAAUAAUAUGGCGAGUCCUUCGCCCCAAUCAUCUCCUAUGCCACCUCCGCAAGCCCCUAGUCCGAUGGCUCCGCAGCAGGCACCAUCUCCUUCUAAUGCACAAGGAAGUCCAAUGGGACCGCCGCAGCAUCAUCCUCAUAGUCCAACACAAGGUUAUCAAGGUGGCCCACCGAUAUCACAGGGAGGACCGCCUAUGUCGCAGCCACCACAGCAACCUCCACCUCAGCAACAAAAUUAUUCACCUCAUCCGCAGCAGAUGCCACCCAAUAUGGGUCCGCAGAAUCAAGGUCCAGUCGGCCAGGGACCACCUUCCCAACAAGGCCCCGGAGGACCAAUGGUGCCCGGUCAGAUGGGUCCGAACGGACCGCAAAGUGGAUCGCACAUGAUGCAAGGUGGCCCUAACCAAAUGGGUUCUAAUGGACCUGGACAAAUGGGACCUGGAGGGCCCGGACAGAUGGGACCAGGAGGCCCCGGACAAAUGGGACCCGGAGGUCCCGGACAGAUGGGACCUGGUGGACCUGGUCAGAUGGGGCCUGCAGGUCCUGGUCCGAUGGGUCCUGGAGGUCCCGGGCAAAUGGGCCCCUCACACAUGGUGCAAGGCGGUCCUCCCAGCGGGCCUCACAUGGGACAGAGUGGACCAGGUCAGAUGGGUCCAGGUGGCGGGCCCGUUUCAGGCUCUCAGAUGGGCACCGGAAGUCCCCAAGGCUCGCAAAUGGUCUCGGGGGGACCCGGUCCCGGGCAUAUGGGUGGGCCCCCAGGGCACAUGAACGCGAGUGGUCCACCAGGACCUGGUCACAUGACCGCCGGUGGUCCCCCUGGACCAGGACACAUGGGCGGCGGAGGACCUCCGGUGUCGGGACACAUGAAUGCCAGCGGACCGCCCGGAUCGGGACACAUGAACGCGAGCGGCCCUUCCGGACCGGGUCACAUGAACACCGGUGGACCUCCUGGAUCAGGAGGUCACAUGAACGCUGGUCCUCCGAUGUCAGGUCACAUGAACACGAGCGGUCCGCCAGUAUCCGCGCAUAUGAAUGCGAGCGGCCCGGGAAGUCAUAUGGGUCCGAAUGCUCCUGGCCAGAUGCCUGGGAGUGGUCCCUCGGGACACAAUUUAGGUCCAGGUGGGCCGAAUCAAAUGGGUCCGGGAGGUCCGAAUCAAAUGGGCCCAGGUGGUCCGAAUCAAAUGGGUCCAGGUGGUCCGAAUCAGAUGAUUCCUAUCAGCCAAGCUCAAAUGGGACCUAGCGGGCCCAUGGGACCCGUAUCGACAGGACAAAUCGGCCCGAACGGACCUGGACAGAUGGGUCACAAUGGACCGUCGCAGAUGGGUCCGAACGGACUUACACAGAUGAGUAUGGGCGGCCCACCCGGACAGAUGAGUAUGAACGCACCAGGUGGACAAAUGGGACCCGGCGGACCAGGUAGCCAAAUGGGACCCACGGCACCGGGAAACCAGAUGGGACCAGGCGGACCAGGCAAUCAAAUGGUGCCUUCCGGUCCGGGUGGACAAAUGGGACCGGGAGGCGGUCCCGUCGGUCAAAUGGGACCGAAUAGUCUUGGUCAGAUGGGACUGGGAAGUAGUCCAGGAAACGUGCCAAUGACGAGUAGCGGACCUGUUUCCUCGAUGGUUCCAACGAGCGGGCCUAACGGACCUACCAACGUAGGCAGUGGACCUGGUGGACAAAUGACUUCGAGCAGCGGUCCUGGGGGACAGAUGGGCGCGACAGGCCCUGGAAGCGGUUCUGGAGGACAAAUGGGAUUAGGAAACGGACCCGGUGCGCAAAUGAACGCCGGUAGCGGACCAGGCGGUCAAAUGGGACCCGGAAGUGGACCAGGAGGACAAAUGGGACCAGGCGGCGGACAAAUGGGACCGGGCGGCGGACAAAUGGGACCAGGUGGCGGGCAAAUGGGACCAGGUGGUGGACAAAUUGGACAUGGCAGCAGUGUGCCCGGAGGUCAAAUGGGUCCUGGAAGUGGACCUGGCGGACAGAUGGGGCCGGGGAAUAGCCCUGCUGGUCAAAUGGGACCGGGAGGACAAAUGCCAUCUGGCGGUCCAGGACAAAUGAUGCAAGGAGGUCCAGGGGCUCAAAUGGGCCCGAACACCCCUAGCAAUCAAAUGGGGCCUGGCGGACCGAAUAAUCAGAUGGGACCGUGCGGUCCAAAUAGUCAACUCAGUCAUAUGAACGCGAGUGGACAAAUGGGCCCUAAUGGUCCAACCAAUCAGCCUCCUACUACGCAAAUAGGUCCCGGUAAUCAGAAUCAAGGUCAAGUUCUUGGUAGCACGGCGCCAAUAGGAUCAGGUGCCCCGGUAAAUCAAAUGAGUCAAACUGGGAGUGGACAAAUCGGACCUAGUGGACCUACAGGACCUCCUGGACCAGGGCAAGAGAACCUUAACGCGCUUCAAAAAGCGAUCGAUUCUAUGGAAGAAAAGGGAUUGCAAGAAGAUCCACGAUACUCUCAAUUGUUAGCUUUGAGAGCUCGUCAAGGCACUGGUAUGGAAAAACAAGCCUUUAAUUCAUCGCAGUUACAACAACUACGAGCUCAAAUAAUGGCAUACAGAUUGCUGGCAAGAAAUCAGCCAGUACCUCAACAAGUUGCAGUAGCUGCGCAGGGUGGCGGUCCUCCUCCUCCAGGGAUGGGUCAACGCCCUAUAGAUCCGUCUCAAGGCCCUGCUGCAACAGCUGGGCCACAAAUACCAGGUCCGAAUGUUAUUGGUCCCGCAGGUCCCACUCCUAGACCCGGUUGUCAAACGCCGCAACAGCAACAGCAGCAGCCUCAACCAGGCGCUAAGACCAACAGAGUGACGAGCGUGGCGAAGCCCGUUGGAUUAGAUCCGUUAUUGAUAUUGCAGGAACGAGAGAACAGAGUAGCGGCUCGUAUAUCUCUUAGAAUGGAGCAGCUUACCAAUCUACCGACAAAUAUGCCAGAGGAUCUUCGUAUACAGGCUCAGAUCGAACUGCGUAUGCUCAGAGUACUAAACUUCCAGAGGCAAUUAAGAACAGAGAUAAUAGCGUGUACCCGAAAAGACACUACCUUGGAAACUGCGGUGAACGUGAAGGCUUAUAAACGUACGAAACGGCAAGGACUGCGCGAAGCUAGAGCUACCGAGAAAUUAGAGAAGCAACAGAAACUGGAGGCAGAACGUAAACGAAGACAGAAGCAUCAAGAAUUUCUCAGUUCCGUCUUGCAACAUGGCAAAGAUUUCAAAGAAUUCCAUCGCAACAACAUCGCGAAGCUGGCCAGGCUCAACAAGGCGGUACUCAACUACCACGCAAAUGCUGAACGAGAACAGAAGAAGGAACAGGAACGCAUCGAGAAGGAACGUAUGCGUCGUCUUAUGGCGGAGGACGAAGAGGGAUACAGGAAGUUGAUCGAUCAGAAGAAAGACAAGCGUUUAGCUUUCUUGCUAUCCCAAACAGACGAAUACAUCAGCAAUCUCACGGAAAUGGUGAAGCAGCACAAAAUAGAACAGAAGAGGAAGCAAGUUGAGGAGCAAAAGCGUAAGAAGAAAAAGAAGAAAUUACAAGAUGGCGAGACUGGAGAAGAUGGUAGCACGAAUGAUACUCGCGUUGGUGUCAUAGAUACAGCCACUGGUCGCACAUUAACUGGCGACGAGGCACCACUGAUGAGUCAGUUGUCAGCAUUCUUGGAGGCUCAUCCUGGAUGGGAGCCAAUCGAGUCGGAAAGUGAAGACGACGAAGAAGAUGAAAAUGGAGAAGAGGAUGAAAGCAAGGACAGGUCUACGGGCGAUUCCGAGGAGGAGAAAGCGAAGAAGACGAUACACAAGGCAAAGGUGGAGGAUGACGAAUAUAAGACAGAGGAACAGACGUACUACAGUAUCGCACAUACUGUUCACGAGGUGGUCACGGAACAAGCGAGUAUUAUGGUGAAUGGACAACUGAAGGAGUAUCAAAUCAAGGGAUUGGAAUGGUUAGUUUCGCUGUUUAACAACAAUUUGAAUGGCAUCUUGGCGGACGAGAUGGGUCUCGGCAAAACAAUUCAGACCAUUGCUCUGGUAACAUAUCUUAUGGAAAAGAAGAAAGUCAAUGGUCCAUUCCUUAUCAUUGUUCCUUUAUCAACGUUGUCGAAUUGGGUUCUCGAAUUUGAAAAAUGGGCGCCGAGCGUCGUCGUGGUGUCGUACAAAGGUUCUCCGGCCGGCAGAAGAGCGAUACAAUCUCAAAUGCGAGCUACAAAAUUCAACGUCUUAUUAACAACGUAUGAAUACGUUAUAAAAGACAAGGGUGUGCUAGCAAAAUUGCAGUGGAAGUAUAUGAUUAUCGACGAAGGACACAGGAUGAAGAAUCAUCAUUGCAAACUUACUCAAGUGCUAAAUACGCAUUACUUGGCUCCUCAUCGAUUGUUGUUAACUGGUACACCGUUGCAAAACAAACUGCCAGAACUGUGGGCUCUUUUGAAUUUCUUAUUGCCUUCGAUCUUCAAAUCCUGCAGUACGUUCGAACAGUGGUUCAACGCUCCUUUCGCGACUACCGGCGAGAAGGUGGAACUUAAUGAAGAAGAAACCAUUUUGAUUAUUCGGCGUUUGCACAAAGUUCUGCGACCCUUCUUGCUGAGACGUUUGAAGAAAGAGGUGGAGUCGCAGUUACCCGACAAAGUGGAAUACAUUAUCAAAUGCGACAUGUCUGGCCUACAAAAAGUUCUUUACAAACAUAUGCAGAGUAAAGGUGUACUGCUAACCGAUGGAUCGGAAAAGGGAAAGCAAGGAAAGGGUGGUGCCAAAGCUCUGAUGAACACAAUCGUACAACUGAGGAAAUUAUGCAAUCAUCCAUUUAUGUUCCAAGCUAUAGAAGAGAAAUAUUGCGAACACGUAGGCACGCAAGGCUCCGGUGUUAUUACUGGUCCCGAUCUGUUUCGUGCAUCCGGAAAGUUCGAACUCCUUGAUCGUAUUCUUCCCAAGUUGAAAGCUACGAAUCAUCGAGUAUUACUGUUCUGUCAAAUGACUCAAUUGAUGACAAUUAUGGAAGAUUAUCUGGGUUGGCGUGGAUUCAUGUAUCUGCGAUUGGACGGCACAACAAAAGCGGAGGACAGAGGGGAUCUAUUAAAGAAGUUCAACGAUCCUGGAUCGGAAUACUUCCUUUUCUUAUUAUCUACACGCGCAGGUGGUCUUGGUUUGAAUCUUCAGGCUGCGGAUACGGUCAUCAUCUUCGAUUCCGAUUGGAAUCCUCAUCAGGAUCUUCAAGCUCAGGAUAGAGCCCACAGAAUUGGACAAAAGAACGAAGUGCGCGUACUUCGAUUGAUGACCGUCAACUCUGUCGAGGAGCGAAUAUUGGCAGCGGCGAGAUAUAAAUUGAACAUGGAUGAGAAGGUGAUUCAGGCUGGUAUGUUUGAUCAAAAAUCCACCGGAUCGGAGCGACAGCAGUUCCUUCAGAGUAUCUUGCAUCAAGACGACGCUGACGACGAGGAGGAGAACGAAGUACCCGACGACGAGACGGUGAAUCAGAUGAUCGCUAGGACAGAAGGUGAAUUCGAGACAUUCCAGAAAUUGGACUUGGAACGGCGACGCGAGGAAGCCAAAUUGGGCCCGAAUCGUAAAUCACGAUUGUUGGAGGAAGCUGAGCUGCCUGACUGGCUGGUGAAGGACGACGACGAGGUUGAAAGAUGGACCUACGAAGAGGACGAGGAUAGAUUCCUCGGUAGAGGUUCGAGGCAACGUAAAGAGGUCGAUUAUACGGACAGUUUAACCGAGAAGGAAUGGCUGAAGGCGAUCGAUGAUGAUGGCGCCGAGUACGAAGAGGAGGAGGAAGACGAUAAGAAGAAGAAGAAGACGCGAAAACGAAAGAAGAAGGGCGAAGAGGACGACGAGCCUAUACCGAAGAAACGAAGAGGAGCCGGAUCUUUGGUCGAUCCUAAAAUGAAACGAGCCAUGAAGAAGUUAAUUACAGUAGUUGUUAAUUAUACGGACAGCACUGACGGUCGAUUAUUGAGCGAACCUUUUAUGAAAUUACCUUCUCGAAGAGAAUUGCCAGAUUAUUACGAAAUUAUCAAGAAACCUUUGACUAUUAAUAAACUAUUGCAGAAGAUCGAGGAGGGCAAAUAUGCUGAUUUAGACGAGCUUGAGAAGGAUUUUAUGCAACUUUGUAAGAAUGCUCAAAUUUAUAACGAAGAAGCAUCUUUAAUUCACGAAGACUCGAUAGUAUUGCAAUCUGUUUUUACGAAUGCGCGUCAACGUCUUGAAGAGGAGGGUAAUUCUGACGGAGACGAUAAGGAUGGUGAAGAGGGUUCAGACGCAGAUUCUAGUGUCAGAAUGAAAAUUAAAUUGAAAGGAAGAAAAAGCGAGGGCAGAGGUGGUCGUAGAAAAAGAGUAACUAAGAAAUAUAUAUCCGACGACGACGAUGACGCUGAUGAUAACUAAGAGAUAUAGCUUUUCAAGUAUCACGAUGAUGUGGAAUAUAUAAGCAAAAUAGUUUAAGUAUUUACUUAGAAUUUAUUUAAAAUUUCGUUAUAUGUUAAUAUAAUAAAAGUCUUAUAAGAGUACAACCAGGAAGAUUUGUAAACCUAUAGCAAAGGAAAGUAUUGCUAUAUCACUUAGGCAGGUAUGAGACGCUAUGUGAUUCGCGUUAUACCAUUGUAAACUUUUUAAUUAUUAAACUCGUGAUGGCUCCUAAGA